UAUACACUGAUAUACACAUACGUGACAUCAUACAUACUUACAUACAUGAUGAACGUGUGUCGUAUUUAUCAUCGCACCGGUUCUAUUUGUUCAUAUCGCGCAAGGCCACGCAAGGCAGCGCAAGUAGGUCGACGGGACCAGUGACAGUAUUCGGGCACACGCGUUUCACCGGUACGCCACACUCUCUCGACGAUGAGGACUGGUGGUAUGCUGGACGGUCGGGAAUUCGGCAAGCGCGUGCGACGCGUCCUAGAUGGCAAUUAUUCCUAUCGCAAAAUCCUUUUGAUCGUCUUGGUAUGCGGUGGUCUUUUGCUGUAUUUUGGUCCAUCCUUCGCGCAGUGGCUUUUUUCCUCCGCCAGAGAACCUAUACAAGCAUUUGAAGAUCAUUGCAUAAAUGAGAGAUUGGCUAGUUUCUACUUUGAUGCUGUUGAAUAUAAUGCAAAUAUUCUGCACAAUCCUCCUAAAAAGAAUGAACAUUCUUAUUUGCCAUAUAUUGGUAAUGGUGUUUUUGGAGUUCCCAUUUCUCCAGAAGCCUGGCUAUAUAUUAAACAUGGGAGAGCACUUUUGCUGCCUGUACAGUGGCAACCAUUGAUCUCACAUCCUAUACCCAAAGAUAGUUUUUAUCGAGAAGCAACCAUUCUUCAUUUUACAAAUGGGAUGGUUUAUAAGUAUCAGUGCCUUAGAGAGGGAUAUUACGUAGAAUUUCAAUAUUAUGCUCACAGAGGUCUUGAUGGAAUUUUGGUACAGACUGUAAAACUUUCUAAUCCAUUUUCCCUCUCUCAAGAAAUACCGUUGAAACCACAAGAAUCCAUUCAUUGGAGUAAUUCUCACAUAGAACCCAUUAGAAUUCAGGUCGAUGGACUUAAUCAUGACUACUCUUUUGUGUCUGGAUUUGUAUCCGCACCCAACUCCAACAAGAUAAUAGUUGUAUCGAUUAUUUACAAAGUUCCGCCUAAAACGGUGCAAGUAAAAUCACAUACCUCUGUGAAGUUGGAGUUCCUGUCGAGCAUUCAAUACAGCGAACCAAUCAUGUCUGAGCAGUAUCAUGUGGAACGUGACGCGACUAAGAAGAGAUCUAUUGAUUUGUUGAGAAAAGCGAUUGCACGCCAGCAACGAAAUCUAAGAGAGGAGCAUGUAAAUCUCUGGCAGAGUUAUUGGUACACGAGUCUGAAAAUAAGUGAUUCCAAGGCCAACGGCGCUAUCAACGGUCACAAGAUUAAUUCUACCAUGUAUUACGUAUUGUCUCAGGUUUCACGGAGUGUUCAUAACAUCGAAAAAAAUGUUGCUAUGAAUGAAGGUUGCUAUCGAGGUCAUCAUACCUUGGAUGCUCCUCGCUUAUGGAAAGAUACUUCAACUAUUGAUGCUGUCAACGAGAUAGUCGAGGCAUGGUUGAUAACGUUAGAGAAACAAGGUUGCCAUCAUUUAGUGACCGGAGGUCCUACGGCUGUACAACAGGCAAUCGUGCUGAGUCUUGGUAGUCUGAGAUUUAGUAACCAACAUCUUGAAUUUAAUAUCGAUCCUCAGUAUCUUCAUCGCGAUUAUUUGUUUAGGCGUAUAAGUUAUGGAAAUAUAACGCAUGUAAAUAUAUCCGUAACAGUUGGUGAAGAUAAUCGCGCGAUAUUAGGAGUAGCUUUGGAUAAAAGUGAUAGUGUUUAUUUUGGAUGUGAUGCCGGUUGUUUGGACGCGCCAGUUUCUCUCGACCAGACCUACACGAAUUUUCCUGUAAAGUUGACGAAACCACUAACCGCGAUACUUUAUAUAACAUCCGAUCAUCAACACAUGCAAGAGCUUCGUAAUGCUUUGCACGUGCACGAAGUGGAUAAUGCGCCGGCACAUGAUCACCAAGUGAUGGCUUUGCAUAAGCAUGGACAUCAACUCGGAGGCUUGCCUAUGUUAUUCUGGGUUAGCAUAUGUUUUUUGAUAAUUGUGUUCCAUUUAUUUUUAUGUAAACUAAUUUGUAAUGAGUAUUACGGUCAUCAGGAUCGGCAGCGAGUUCGAUAUAAUAAACCGUGAUAUAAUUGUACAUAAUUUUUUUGUUGACAUGAGAUGUGUAUAUAUAUAUAUAUAUGUAUAUAUAUAUAUGUGUGUGUAUAUUAUAAUAUUUAUAUAUAUAUUUUUUUGCAAGUUGUAUAAUUGGGCUACUUAUUUUUUAUCCAAUCGGAAUUUUCUGAUUGAAUAUUUUUGAUCUGUCAUGUUGGCCUUUAUCGGUUUUUUUCCAAAGAGCUUGGUAAUAUCCGUUUGUUACCUUUUGAGCGGAUUUUUUUCUCUCAGUGUAUGAGCAAAAUAGAAAUGAAAAAUUGUUAUUAUUUCAGUCAGUAUUAUAAGAAUUAAUAUAGAAGCAAAUCUUUUAAUCUUAAGAAACACAAACGGAAUGACAUUUAAAUCAUAUUAAUAUUAGUAAUUGUUUUGCAGUCGGAAUUUGCAGAAAGAGAAUUUGUGUAAAUGUUUAACAUGUGAACGAUACAGCAUUUUUCAGGGUCGGUAAAGCCACAAAUUAUCGCGAAUAUAUUUGUUAACUUAAGUUCUUUAUUAAUUGACAUAUACUGUUGACGCGUCAAAGUGCUUUCGAUACGCGCAACGCUUAUUAAAAAAUUGGCAUCUUUGCAGAGAGAUCCAUCAAUUAGUCUAAGUUUGUUUAAUUUAUCAAUAACUUAACAUACAAUCAGAUCAUACAAGUGAGAUUUAAUAUCGCUGAUUAUUAGCAUCAGCCAUACGUCUUCCUUUCUUUUUAGUCCAAAAAUAGCUAAGCAAAUUCGGCAAACGCGAAAUGCUGAAGGAAUAAAUAAAUUUAAUUAGGCCUAUGAUACUCAGUUUUAUUAGACUAGCCGCUUUGUUUCGCGCAUGCUCAAUAAUUCGUAGUAUAAUUGUCUAUUAUUUUAUUUGAUCUUAUACAAUCUUGACUUAAAAAAAAA